GAACGACCAGGUCAGACGCAACAUAUCGAUAAACAAAAUACGUCACGGUGAAUAUCGCAGUAUUCAAGGGAGCGAAUGGCUUUUAAAUGAUAAUGUCAAAACGUGUUUUAAUCACUGGUGCCUCUGGUCUCCUAGGCAGAGCUUUGUUUAAGGAAUUUGAAUCUGAUGCAUCAUGGGAUGUUCUUGGACUUGCCUUUUCAAGAAUUAAAGACCCUCUUAGGAAAGUUGAUCUGCGCAACAAAGAUGAUGUUGAACAAGUGAUUAUCACAUUCAAGCCAAAUGUAAUAAUUCACAGUGCUGCAGAGAGAAGGCCUGAUGUAGUUGAAAAGCAAGAGGAGGCAACUCACCAGCUUAAUGUAGCUGCGACACAGUUUAUUUGUGAAGCAGCAGUAAAAGUUGGAGCUUGGGUCCUCUUCAUCAGUACAGAUUAUGUAUUUGAUGGAAAAAAUCCUCCACAUGCAGUCGGUGACCUGCCAAAUCCAUUGAACAAAUAUGGAAAGAGUAAGCUAGAGGGAGAGAAAGUGACCCUUAGUGUGAACCCAGGCAAUGCAUUGUUACGAGUUCCAAUUCUGUAUGGUGAACUGGAGUACCUUGAAGAAAGUGCAGUGACUGUUCUGUUUACGAAGGUCCGUGCCACCGACACUCCUUGUGUGAUGUCCGACUACGAACGCCGAUAUCCCACUUCCUGUCAGGACAUUGCCAUUGUGGUCAGACAACUCACCGAAUGCAGACUGAAGGAUAGCAGUAUUUGUGGGAUAUUUCACUGGAGUGGAAAUGAAGAAAUGACCAAAUAUGACAUGGCUGUUGAUAUGGCAGAAGUGUUUGGAUUGCCAACCAAUCAUAUCCAACGAGACAAAAGUGCUUCAGGUGGAGCCAUAAGACCAUAUAAUGCCAAGCUUGAUAUCUCCAGACUAGAACACAUGGGUAUUACUCAAAGAACUCCAUUUAAAACAGCAAUAAAAUGUGUUCUCGAAAGAUUUAUGACAAAUUAGUAAUGGUGAACAAAUGUUCCUAUUCAAAUGGUUCUGUCCACGGAGUUGAUUUACUACUGAAAAAUGGUAUUAUUUGCGUGUUUGUAAUUUUCACAUUUUUAAUUUAACUGUGAAAAUUACACUUCUGCGAAUAAUUACUAAACAAAUAAUAGUUCAGGGUCUUGAGACCACUGUUGUUAACAUGUUGUUAUUAAACAGUUCUUCAACCUUGGUCUCAUCUAUACUGAACACAAGGGAUAAUGUUUUCCUUUUCUUAGUCCCUGUAUCUACCAGGAGGUCUUCUCAUAUGGUUUGUUGUUAUUGGUAAAACUCAACAAAUAAUCUGUAUAAUGUAAUCCCAUUUCAAAUUACAGAGAAGCACAUAUCUGUUACACACAUAAUUUUAUAAAAAUAUCCUUUAGUGUUAGGCAACUGUUUUUAAUGUACAGUGUCUAAUUAAAAUGUAUUUUGAUAUGCAGAAGCUAUUUUUGCUGGGAUUGUUUUGCUAUCAUGCAUUGUGGAUUUUAAAUAAUGAUUUUGUUAUGGUGUUGCAUAAAAAUAUAUUUUGAAUAAUGAAUGUUAAUCUUCAAAUAUAUUUUGUCUAUAUUAUAUAUAUUUUGUAGGUGUUACAUUCAAAUAAAUUAUUGGCAGUGGAUGUUACAUCUGGAUAUAUAUUUUCUUGAUGAUUUAAUUUGGUGGUGGGUAUUACCUUCCUAUAAUUGAUACGUUCAAUGAGUUGUUUAUUUUAUUUAUUGUCACCUGUUGAUUACAAGGAUCUCAACAGGAUACCGGUAUAUACUAAGAGCUAUUAUUAUCCACAUGGUUUAACAUAACCAAGUUUUAUAUGACGUCAUUUCGUCAUCUCCUUCUAGUUGUGGUUGAAACAUUUUGAGAUGGACCAUGUUAUUCAUUAAAAAAAUAAC